AUGGCUGGCCACACUGGAGAUAAACUUAUCGCUCUUGAGGCAAGAGAAGGCACGGAAUGUGUCCGUCUCGCCGAGGGCAAAUCCUUUGGUGCUGAGAAGAGUGUAGCUGGCGAGCUGGUCUUCUCGACUGGCAUGGUCGGUUACGAGGAGUCCAUCACCGACCCCUCAUACAAAGGCCAGAUCCUGGUCCUCACAUACCCUCUCGUCGGCAACUACGGUGUGCCUGACAGAAACGAAUUGGAUCCUCUCUUGAAGGACCUCCCUGCCCACUUCGAGGCCUCCCAGAUUCACGUCGCUGGUUUGAUCGUUGCUUCGUACUGCGGCGAAGACUACUCGCAUUACCUGGCCACCUCUUCAUUGGGCAAAUGGCUGAAGGAGCAAGGUGUGCCCGCCCUCUGCGGCGUCGACACCCGCGCCCUCACCAAGAUCAUUCGCGAGAAGGGUAGCAUGCUCGGCCGCAUGAGACUGCAAAAGUCUGGCUCGCACGCCGCUGCCCCCAUCACCAACGGUAUCACUCUAAGCAACGGCGAGUCUGAGGAGAAGCCCGAGUUCGAGGAGGUCGAGUGGUCCAACCCUAAUAGCGAGAACUUGGUCGCAGUUGUUUCGAUCAAGGAACCCAAAAUCUACUCUCCCGACCCAUCGAACGCCUUGAAGCACCCCUCAGGCAGACCUAUCCGUAUUGUCUGCGUCGACGUUGGUCUCAAGUACAACCAGCUUAGAUGCCUCGUCAAGCGUGGUGUCGAGGUUCAGGUCGUCCCUUGGGACUACGACUUCCCUUCAUUGGCCGGCAAGGAAUACGAUGGUCUUUUCAUCUCCAACGGUCCCGGUGACCCAGCAUUGAUGGAGAAGACUGUCAAGAACAUCCAAGCCAACAUCCGUGAGGCCAGAGUUCCCAUCUUCGGUAUCUGUUUGGGACACCAGCUUCUCGCUCGCGCUUCGGGCGCCGAGACUGUCAAGAUGAAGUACGGUAACAGAGGCCACAACAUUCCCUGCACCAACUUGAUCUCCGGAAAGUGCUAUAUCACAUCACAAAACCACGGUUACGCGGUCGACUCGCGCACCCUCACUCAAGACUGGUCAGAACUGUUUGUCAAUGCCAACGAUGGCUCCAACGAGGGCAUCAGACACGUUAGCAGACCUUACUUCAGUGUCCAAUUCCACCCCGAGAGUGCUCCUGGUCCCCAGGACACCGAAUUCCUCUUCGAUGUUUUCCUGGAUGCCGUUCAGAAGACCAUUGAGGACCCCAGCAUAAUGCACCAGUCUAUCAAGUUCCCCGGCGGUGAUCUUGCUGAGAACCAGAAGGCUAACCCCAGAGUGACCGUCAAGAAGGUUCUUGUUCUUGGUAGUGGUGGUCUCUCCAUCGGCCAGGCUGGUGAAUUUGAUUACUCUGGUUCCCAGGCUAUCAAGGCCCUUAAGGAGGAGGGUAUCUACACCAUCUUGAUCAACCCCAACAUCGCCACCAUCCAGACUUCCAAGGGUCUGGCCGAUAAGGUCUACUUCCUUCCUGUCAACGCCGACUUCGUCCGCAAGGUCAUCAAGCAGGAGAAGCCUGACGGCAUCUACUGUACUUUCGGUGGUCAGACUGCUCUGUCCGUUGGUAUUCAACUGAAGGACGAGUUCGAGAGUCUCGGUGUCAAGGUUCUUGGUACCCAGAUCGACACCGUCAUCACCACUGAGGACCGUGAGCUCUUCGCUCGUGCCAUGGAGUCUAUUGGCGAGAAGUGCGCCAUGUCCGCUUCCGCCAACAACAUGGAGGAGGCUGUUGCCGCCGGAAAGCAAAUCGGCUUCCCUCUGAUCAUCCGUGCUGCCUAUGCUCUUGGUGGUCUGGGCAGUGGUUUCGCCGACAAUGAGAAAGAGUUGAUCGAUCUCUGCAACAAGGCUUUCGCUGCCAGUCCCCAGGUUCUCAUCGAGCGCAGCAUGAAGGGCUGGAAGGAAAUUGAGUACGAAGUCGUCCGUGAUUGCCAGGACAACUGCAUCACUGUCUGUAACAUGGAGAACUUCGAUCCUCUGGGUAUCCACACCGGUGACUCUAUUGUCGUUGCCCCUUCGCAGACUCUGUCCGAUAAGGACUUCAUGAUGCUCAGACGCACAGCCGUCAACGUCAUUCGUCAUCUCGGUGUCGUCGGUGAGUGUAACAUUCAAUACGCUCUCAACCCUGACUCGAGAGAGUACUGUAUCAUUGAGGUCAACGCUCGUCUCUCGCGUUCGUCCGCUCUUGCCUCUAAGGCCACUGGUUACCCUCUGGCUUUCGUUGCUGCCAAGCUUGGUCUUGGUAUCCCACUGAACGAGAUCAAGAACACUGUCACCAAGGUCACCUGUGCCUGCUUCGAGCCUUCUCUUGAUUACGUCGUUGUCAAGAUCCCUCGUUGGGAUCUGAAGAAGUUCACUCGCGUCUCCACUCUCCUCGGCUCUGCUAUGAAGAGUGUCGGUGAAGUCAUGAGUAUCGGUAGAACAUUCGAAGAAGCUAUUCAGAAGGCUAUUCGUGCCGUCGAUGUUAGCAACCUCGGCUUCCAGGAGACCAGCGCCCUCAUGUCCAUCGACCAAGAGCUUCAGACUCCUUCUGACCAGAGAAUGUUCGCCAUUGCCAACGCUAUGCACUCUGGUUACACUGUCGACAAGAUCUGGGAGUUGACAAAGAUCGACAAGUGGUUCUUGAGCAAGCUCAAGGGCCUCAGCGAGUUCGGCAAGCUUAUGAGCACCAAGCAGGUUGGCGAAGUUCCCUCGUCGCUCUUCAGACAGGCCAAGGAGCUCGGAUUCUCGGACAAGCAACUUAGUAUCUUCUGGUCCACCAACGAGCAAACCGUCCGCAAGCACAGACUCGAAUACGACAUUAUGCCUGUUGUAAAGCAGAUCGACACAGUCGCAGGCGAGUUCCCUUGCCACACGAAUUAUCUCUACACGACAUACAAUGGUACCGAGAGUGAUGUCGAAUUUAAUGACAAUGGUGUCAUGGUUCUCGGAUCCGGUGUCUACCGUAUCGGUUCAUCCGUAUCCACUGAUUACGACGAAGCCGACCGUUUGUACUUCGAGAACAUCACUCUCGAAACCGUCCUCGAUAUCUACCAGCUCGAGAACUCUAGUGGUGUCAUCCUCUCCAUGGGUGGUCAGACUCCCAACAACAUUUCUCUGCCUUUGCACAGACUCAACGUCAAGAUUCUUGGUACCUCUCCCGAGAUGAUUGACUCCGCCGAGAACAGAUACAAGUUUUCGCGUAUGCUCGACAGAAUUGGUGUCGAUCAGCCUCAGUGGAAGGAGUUGACUAGCAUUGAGGAGGCCAGAAAGUUCUGUGAUGCUGUCACCUACCCCGUGCUUGUUCGCCCCUCAUACGUUCUUUCAGGAGCUGCUAUGAACACCGUUUACUCGGAGCACGACCUUGCCAACUACCUUAACCAGGCCGCUGAGGUUUCCAAGGAUCACCCCGUUGUCAUCACCAAGUACAUCGAGGGUGCCAAGGAGAUUGAGAUGGACGCUGUUGCCCGUAACGGUACCAUGAUUGGUCACUUCAUCUCCGAGCACGUCGAGAACGCUGGUGUCCACUCCGGUGACGCCACUCUCAUCCAGCCCCCUCAGGACUUGGAUGCCGAGACCGUCAGACGUAUUGAGGAGGCCACCAAGAAGAUUGGUGAGGCACUCAACAUCACUGGUCCUUACAACAUCCAGUUCAUCGCCAAGGAUAACGAUAUCAAGGUCAUUGAGUGCAACGUCAGAGCCUCAAGAUCCUUCCCCUUCGUUUCCAAGGUCACUGGUGUUGAUUUGAUCGAGUUGGCCACCAAGGCCAUGACUGGUCUCCCCCUUCAGGAGUACCCCCCUGUCACCAUGCCCGCCGACUAUAUUGGUGUCAAGGUUCCUCAAUUUUCCUUCUCGCGUCUCUCCGGUGCCGAUCCCGUCACCGGUGUUGAGAUGGCCUCUACUGGUGAGGUCGCUUGUUUCGGUCGCACCAAGUACGAGGCUUAUAUGAAGGCUCUCGUUGCAACUGGCUUCCGUCUGCCCAAGAAGAACAUCCUCCUGUCCAUUGGUGCCUACAAGGACAAGCAGGAGUUGUUGCCUUCCAUCGAGAAGCUCCACAAGCUCGGCUACAGCCUCUACGCUACCGCUGGUACCGCUGACUUCCUUGAGGAGCACGGCGUUCCUUGCAAGUUCUUGGAAGCUCUCCAGGACGACGAGCAGAGAACCGAGUACUCUCUGACCCACGCUCUUGCCAACAACUUGAUCGACUUGUACAUUAACUUGCCUUCAAGCAACCGCUUCCGUCGUCCUGCCAACUACAUGUCCAAGGGUUACCGCACCCGCAGAAUGGCCGUCGACUACCAGACCCCUCUGGUCACCAACGUCAAGAACGCCAAGAUUCUGAUUGAGGCCAUUGCUCGUAAUUACGCAAUGGAAAUCAGCAGCGUCGACUACCAGACCUUCGCUGACCACCCUUCGACCUCUCUUGAGGAACCUGUUGCUAAGAAGACUCCUACCCUCCAAGAGCUUCUUCACAACUCUCCUCUCAAGGGCAGAGAUAUCACCUCCGUCAACCAGUUCACAAGAAAAGAGCUUCAUCUUCUUAUGACUGUCGCUUCGGAGAUGCGUCUUGGUGUCGAGCGUGACGGUGUCCUGGACAUCCUGAAGAACAAGCUCCUGUGCUUGAUGUUCUACGAGCCUUCCACCCGCACUUCAUCAUCCUUCGAUGCUGCUAUGAAGCGUCUUGGUGGCCAGUGCAUCAUGAUCAACGAAUCCCACUCGAGCACUAAGAAGGGCGAGACCCUGUCGGACACCAUCCGGACUCUUGACCAGUACGGUGAUGCUAUCGUUCUCCGCCACCCCAGCGACGACAGCGCCGAAAUUGCCGCCGACGCCGCCGACCACCCUAUCAUCAACGCUGGAAACGGUUCGCGCGAGCACCCUACCCAGGCUUUCCUCGACCUCUUCACCAUUCGUGAGGAGCUCGGUACCGCCAACGGUCUCACCAUCACCUUCGUCGGUGACCUCAAGUACGGCCGCACCGUCCACUCCCUUUGCGAGCUCCUCAAGCAUUACAACUGCACCAUCAACCUCGUCGCCCCCAAGCAGAUCGAACUCCCCGAGAAGGUCCGCAGCGCCCUUCAAGGCCGCGGCCAGCUUGGUGUCGAGUCUCACGAGUUGACCACCGAGAUCGUCGCUCAAUCCGACGUCAUCUACUGCACCCGUGUGCAGAAGGAGCGUUUCGAGGACCUGUCCGUUUACGAGCAGGUCAAGGACGGUCUCGUGGUCAGCGCCGCCACUCUCAAGCAUGCCAAGAAGAACAUGAUCGUCAUGCACCCUCUUCCUCGAAACUUGGAGCUCAGCCCUGAGGUCGACAACGACCCCAGAGCUGCUUACUUCAGACAGAUGAAGUACGGCAUGUUCGUCCGCAUGGCUCUUUUGGCCCUCGUCAUGGCCUCGUAA